AUGACCAGAAUAAACAUAAUCACAAAACUGCUGGUUUCCUUGGCCGUGUUUUAUUAUGUGUUUGAUUAUUUCACGGUGCCAACCUUUCUUUAUGUGGCUGUUACGGCGGCUGUUGCGACCGCGGCGGUCGUGUCUCUCCGAGCCACCAUGGUGAUAUGGGUCACGGUGUUGGUGAUGUUGAGUUUUGCAGGCAACCGGCGCAAGAGUUUGGUUAAACGAGGUAGACGAAUAAUAUUUGAUGUAGUGUGGCACUUUCUCAGAGUUUCAUUCAUAUCACAGAAGAAGAGAAAUCAAUUACACUAG